AUGGCGGCCGCUGACGGUGGUGAUGGCGACGGGCGGCCGCUCUGAGGCGCUGCCCCGGCCCCGCGCCUGACAACCCCCCGCCCGCACCCGGCCACCCACCCGGGGCAGGGACGCUGCCACACACGGCCAUGGAGCACAUCAUCACGCCAAAGGUAGAGUAUGUGAAAUUGCUUGACCGGUUUACUUCCAAGAAACCAACUUUGGGAACACUUUACUUGACUGCAACACAUCUGAUAUUUGUAGAAUCGUCAUCGGAGAUCCGUAAAGAGACAUGGAUUUUGCACCAUCAUAUUUCAACAUUGGAGAAGCUUCCCCUUACUUCAGCAGGGUGCCCGUUGUUGAUUCAUUGCAAGAACUUCAGAGUUGCACACUUUGUUAUUACUCGAGAGCGUGAUUGUCAUGAUGUUUACAGUUCACUUCUCAGACUCUCACAGCCAGUGGAUUAUGAGGAGCUAUAUGCUUUCUCAUACAACCCUAAGCAGAAGGAAAUGGACAGAGGCAUAGGUUGGAAAAUGAUAAAUAUAAGGGAAGAAUUUCAACGAAUGGGAGUACCUAAUGUGCAUUGGGAACAGACUGAUGUAAAUGAAAAUUAUGAGAUUUGUAACACUUAUUCAUCAAGUCUGUACGUACCAAGAGAAGCCACCAAGCCAACAAUAGUGGGCAGCUCAAAGUUCAGAAGUAAAGGAAGAUUUCCUGUUCUUUCUUACUUUUUCAAGGCUAACAAUGCUGCCAUCUGUAGGUGUAGUCAGCCGUUAUCAGGAUUCAGCACCAGGUGUGUGGAAGAUGAGCAAAUGCUACAAGCAAUCAAUAGUUCCAAUCCAGACAGCUCUGUCGUAUAUGUGGUGGAUACCAGACCAAAGCUGAAUGCCAUGGCAAAUCGAGCUGCUGGGAAAGGAUAUGAAAAUGAAGAUAAUUACUCCAACAUUAGGUUCCAGUUUGUUGGUAUUGAGAACAUACAUGUGAUGAGGAAUAGCUUGCAAAAGCUUUUAGAAGUAUGUGAGCUGAAAACGCCUUCAAUGAGUGACUUUCUCACGGGCUUGGAAAACUCUGGCUGGCUGCGGCAUAUUAAAGCUGUCAUGGAUGCUGGUUUCUUUAUAUCGAAGGCAGUGGCUGAAGAAAAUGCCAGUGUGUUGGUUCAUUGUUCUGAUGGGUGGGAUCGAACGGUUCAAGUUUGCUCGUUGGCUGGCCUUCUCUUAGACUCUUACUAUCGGACUAUAAAGGGAUUUAUGGUUCUUAUAGAAAAAGAAUGGAUCUCUAUGGGACACAAAUUUUCUCAAAGAUGUGGCCAUCGAGAUAGUGACCCUAAGGAGGUUUCACCUGUGUUUACUCAAUUUAUUGAAUGUAUCUGGCAUCUGAUGGAACAGUUUCCGUGCUCUUUUGAGUUUAACGAGACGUAUCUGCUGGAGAUCCAUGACCACAUCUACUCCUGUCAGUUUGGUAACUUCAUUGGAAACUCCCAGAAAGAACGUCAAGAGUUAAAAAUCCAAGAAAGGACUCAUUCCUUGUGGCCAUUCCUGCUGGAGAAGCAGUACCAGUACCGGAACCCCCUGUAUAAGCCCAGCGCAAUUAAUACUGUAUUGAAACCUAAUACUGCCCCUUUUAACUUCAGGUUCUGGUGUGGAAUGUAUAAUCGUUUUGAUAGAGGAAUGCAACCAAAGCAAUCGGUUCUAGAAUCUCUGCAAGCUGCAAUGAAACAGAAAACAGAACUGGAAGAAACUGUGGAAGAUCUGAAUCAGCAGAAACCUCUCCAUCCAGAUGAAUCUCAUUUCACUCUUAACUUGCCAUCAAAGCUUUCCAAUGAGGAACACUCUCCCCAGACUCAGGACAGUACAGAAGAACACAAAAAUCCACUGGCAAAUGGCAUGGAAGAGUCGGUAGAAACUAUUUCUGAUGGGACUGAAGAAAGGGAAAACUUAUUGGAUUCUUCAUUAAUGCACCAGUCAGCUUCAAAUCACAGUGACUCCCUUACCUUAAACAAAUUGAACGCACAAGGAGAUGAAGAACACCUUGAAAUAUGUCCAAAUAAGGAUGAAAAAUAGUUCGUCAUUUUAAAACAAAUCGUAUGUGUUGGUUCCCAAACAUAUUUGUUCUCGAUAUUUUUAUAUCAUCUGCUGAAGUGUCAAAAAGGGAAAAAAUGCCAAGAAAUAGCUGUGUAAUGGAGGGAAGAUAUUUCAGGAUUGGAAAGGGAAUCUCACUGCUUAAAUCGCAUGACUUACUUCAGAGAGACAAUUUUAUAAAAAUCACAUUCUUGGUGUGAAUAUUUAUCCAUUAGGAAGCCCUGAUGGAUAUGUAGGUGAAUGUCCAUAAUGGAUGGAAAAUAGUUGUUAUUCUGGUCCCGAGUAGUGAGGCUCCUGAAUUUCUGAUGUGUUUGUAGAGAUGAGGUUCAGAUGUUAUAAUCUGUCCGGUUAUUGCAAGUUUGUCUUAUUGCAUUUCUCAAUUUUUGAAAGUCCAAUCUUAGCAAGUAGCUUCUUUGCAGUAAAUCAGCAUUUGGUACAAGGCCUUUUUGAAAACCAAACUGACGGCUUUGUAUAUAAUGAGUAUAUUCUAUAUGUUUUCUAUAAUUAAAAAUUAUUACGUGUUAGAUUUAAGUUUAAUCAGAUUAUGAUUGUAUUUCCCUCUUUAAUUAAUUCAUUUUAUUUCCCCUCAGCUGCCUUUCAGUUACAUAUUUUUUGCUAUGGCUUUAUACCUGCCUGAUAUUUUGGCUAAUUGGUUAUUCUUUGCGUGCCAAAUUAUCCCCCAGUUAUAAAAGAAUCUCAACACUUGCAUUCCCCGUCUAUAGUUGGUGCAGAGCAUUUUGAGGUAAGACCUCAAUCAACUGAAUUGCUGUUCUUAAAUGCUAUGCAUUAACUCUGGAUAGGACGGACCUCAGCGAAGGCCAGCUGCUGUCUCACUUAUGAUCAAGUAAGUCACCACAAGAAAGGGAAUACAUCUGUGGUUUUAUGGUUUUCAAUUUUAAUGUGGGAAGACCCUAGUCGGUUGGGUCAGUGGAUGAGGUUGUAACUCAGUUAUUUUUGCCGAAUGCCUUGUAAGUUGGUUGUACUAUCAAUCUGUGAAUUAUGAACAUUAUCAAACGUUUUUGGUGUUCUUUCAAUGUUAUUGUGAGGUUAUCACUUGACAUUCACUGUUCAAAAGUAGCUCUGGUGCUAUCAUUACUGCCAAAUUAAUCUUGAUUUCUUGCUUUAUUGGGCAUUAGAAAUAGCACACGUUUUCAAGCGGUUCAAAACAGUAUGUUUUUCUAAUCAUUAAAGAGUUGUCAUAUG